GCCGGCAUCGGCCAACACGCUCGUUGACCGCAAACGCCAACAUGUCCGCCAUGGACGUAGACCAAAUUUCUCCAGAUCCAUCUCCCGUCAACCCUAUAAAACGCGCUCCAGUCACGUACGGAAGGCGUAGGGACCCUCAGCCUGAAAUACGCGACUCUUCUGUGACACUCACCGACCGCAGCUCUCCUCGUGUAGAAUCGGAGCCCUUAGGCGGUAAGGAAAUCGAAUCCACCCAUGAAUUGGCGCUCGAUGCGCUGCAAGGCUCACAAUCCUCUUCAACGACUUGUAUAAACGAUAAUGACAUGGUCGAUGCCAGUUCUAAACAUCACUUUGGCUGGAGAGCCCAACUGAAAGCGCUAGAUGAAGCCUUCGAUAAUGAUCAGGAGCCACUUGCACAGCCUCGAGUUGCUGAACGGUCGUCAUUGUCGCCACCCUUUCAACCUCAAUCCUUUGCAGACAAACAAAUUAUUCAUGCGGAUGCCACGCCUCUUUCUCCAGUACCACAAAAUUCCGAUGGGUUUUCUGAUGGUACACUGUUGCCCCCUACAAGCGACCCAUCUGCCUCCCCAAUUGAUGAGUCUCUUGAAGAUUCACCGAUUAUUUCUCGCAAGGUCAGACGUUCGAGGAAUUGUAUCGACUCUGAUUCCGAGCGUGAAGAGUCCAAAAAUUCCUCCUCGGUAUCGCCUGUUCACCAUCCAAUUAACACUCCUCUGCUGCGAUCUCCUCCCACACCUUCGACAUCAGAAUUGGAAAUGCCUUUAACGAGGCCCAAGGCUAAUAAAGGCAAGGGGAAGGCACCUGCUCGGGAUGUCCCUCCGCUUCGUUUUGAGAAUGAAUCAGUUUCUACGAGUACCACAUCAAAGAAGGGUAGCAAAUCCAGGCGGAAGGACGAAUCGGCACGCCUCAAAAUCAAGGCUCCGACUAAAAAGGACCUGCGCGAAACUGUUUUGGAGAGUUCGCGGAUUACUGCGAGCAAGAAUGUCCAGGUGGUGCGUACUGAGCAAUCAAAGUACACCAAACAUCGACUUUUUGAGCUGGUCAAGGAUGAAGCCUUGCGUAAGGAGCAAAAGCAGCCUGAGCUCCCCUCAGAUCCAAUAUCUAUUUUUUCCUCGCCUUCCGUACUACCCGUUGCUGAAGCACGAAAAAAAUUCGCGCAAGGCGAAUCUUCAUUCGGCGUACCUUCACGUUUACUUGGAUCUUCUACUAUUGUUCAUCCCCGUGCACAAACUCCUCCCAGAAAUCUGCCACGGCGUGCAACUUCCCAGCCACCGUCAAUGGCAUCUGAUAGCACUGACGAAGAGAUGCCAAAUCUUACCGACCUACUGAGGCAAGAGCAAGCCAAACGCAAGGAAGCUGACGACAAACGUGCUCUCGCGGAGUUGAAGCAACGAGCCCUUCAAGACGCAGCUAGGCGGUCAUCUAGGGCCGGAGAUAGCGACGAUGAUUUAGAGAUUGUUGAUAACAGCAUGCAUGUGACAGCCCAAGAAGAGGCGGCGAAACGCAAAGCCGACAAGUUGCAACACAUCACUCCCUCGAAGGGGAAGGCGAGGCAGCUUGCGUUGAGCCGGAAAUCCAUGCCAGGAUCGUCAGGCUCUCGCGUAAAAUCUUUUGCACAAGCCAACAUGUCCGAGUAUCUCAGGGACUCCGCGAUGUCGUCAUUCGAUCGGAAGGGAAGGGGCAGGGACAAAAAGGUCCCACUCACCACACAGCAAUUAAACAAAGCGCUCAUACAGAAAGCUGAGGCCAGCAAGCUUGCGACAAUUCAGCAGCGAGAAGAGGACUGGAAACAAAGAGGAGGCAGGAUAUUAGAAGAGCCUGUAGAAGCUGGGGAGAACGUAUCAUUCAGAGACAGGCUUGAUGUAUAUGUGCAGAAGGGGCUUCAAGUGGCAGAGCGCGAUGACUCUACUGUUGGCGACAUGGAAGUAGACGACACGGACGAGGACGAUACGGAUUAUGCUCCCGAAGAGCGGGGUUCUGCCAGUCCAGAGCCCAUGGAUACUGAUGGCGAGGGCGACAACGAUCGGGAGAACCAACCAAGUCUCGAUGUCAAUGAUGAUGCAAACCAACAGACGGACGUUGAAGAUGAGGAGCGCCAAGUGCACAGGCGCGGUAUUCGUCGUCCUCUAAUGGUGGCUUCCGACGACGAGGAUGAUGCUCCUAGAAUUCUUGUGCCAGAUUCCUCGAUGCAAGACUUGACCUCCGACACCAUAGUGACACGUAACUCGGAAUCAGACCAAACAGAGGACGAGAAUGACAAAGAGAACAGUCAAACGUUGAUGUACGACAGAAGCGAGGAUAAAGAAAAUAAGGCUGUCGUUCGACACUCGCCUUCAUUCGCCAGACCUACCUUAGGCAGUAUACCGGGGUCCCUUGUUGACGUCGAUGAUGCUGUUCACCUGAGAUCAUCGUCCUCGACAUCGUUGGGAGGUUUCGGUGGUCCCUCUGAUUCACCCGAACAUGAUUUACAGCGUUCGCCAUUGAAGGAGAUUGCUCAAGAUGACUCGUUAUCGGGUUCCCCAAGCUCAAAGUCCCCGUUUACCACCAGACUCCUCCAAUCUACGUCAAAACAUCCGACAUCCCUACCAGGAGAAUCGUUUUCCGACAUUGAGGACGAGGAGAACAUGGUUAAGGGUUUCGAACCCCGCACACUACUACCUUCCUUUUCUGAAACCCUCGGCAAGAGCAGUCCUGCAUCCUUUGUACCUCGGGAUCCUCUCGCAAACGCAGGAGGUUUUUCGCAAUUUUUCUCAGAUGAAAAGGAUGAGGGGCCCAGUUUCAAGGAGGGGAACUGCAAUGAGCUCGCUUUGUCACUUGAUAUUGGACUGGAGCCCGCACUAGAAGUCAGCAGUACCCUGCGCAGGAAGGCUGACAAUAUUUUUGAAAAAGAACAGGAAUAUGUUAUAGAAAUCGCAAAUGGCGAUCAGAAGCAGGAUAAUAACCCUGAAUGGUACAUCCGAGAGAACGGGUUCUUGACUCAGACAUCGGGGCCUAAUGCUGAACAAUAUCGUGUCAAGUCCUUGCAGAUGUCACCACUUCUGGCAUCUCAAACAUUGAUGGGUGAAUUAAUUCCGUCGUCGAGUGAGCGCGCCCCACUCCAAACAUUGUCCUUCAAGGCAAGGCAAGAAUCACCGGAUGUACAACCUCUUUAUCGACUGAGGCGGCGCAGUAGCUCGCCAUUGGAGAGGAAAACCGCCAUGCAAGACGACGGCUCCCUUCUACCCCCUCUACUAAUCUCUCAGCUGCCCAAAAGAAAUGCGUUUGAUGUCUUGGGAGGGCAUCCAAAUUCCAAUGCGCCCAAACGAAAGCUGGAGAAGUCUGAAUUCGUUGCUGCGGAGGCCGAGGAAUCAGACGAAGACGAACUGAUUGGCUUCGGGCCUAUUCAUAAAGACGAGGAGGAGGCAGAGGACGAUGAUGAUGAUGACGAGAAAUUUGUGGAGGGUCUUGUCGAUGAUGCGGUCAUGAAUGCCGAGACAGAAGCGGCCGAUUUGGUCCAGGAGAAGUUCAGAGAGCACGAGGACGAAGAUGACAAGAAAUUGGAGAAGCUUCAUCAGGAUGCUAUUGAUGGUAAAUUUAGAAUGAAGCGUCGCGACCGUGGUAUCGGUUUCGAAGAGGAUAGCGACGAUGACGAGGAGGACGAGAAUAACAGGCGAAUACGACGGGGUAUGAACAAGAAGCGCAAGAUUGAUGGUGAUACUCUCGAAGAUCUAGGUCGAAACCAAGAAACAAAAGCAUUCUAUGAUGCAUAUCAGCAUGAGUUGAUUGAUGACGACCUUGAGUUCGUCCAUUUGCAAGCAGAUACGCGAAUGGUUAGCGAAGAUGAAGAUGAGGAGACGGGGAAAGUGGUAACGACCGAAGAUCUGAAUGCUGAGCUAAGGGAAGCCGCAAGGAAUAGAGAGACUUUUGAAUCUAUGGAUCUGGAGGACACGUCAUGGAUCGACGGGGCGGACGAGGAGAUCGAUCACCAUGUGCCUGUCAAAGUGAUGGUAGAGCGCUCCAACAAUGCACCUGCAAAACGACCUGCACUGUCCCACACUGACUUUGGUCUGGAGCGCCCAAACCGGAUAUUGGAGAAUGACCAAGAGAAAACAAAGUUACGUUCAUGGGCAAGAGGUCAAGGCGGCGGCAACCAGGGGACUGGUCGGUCUGUUGUCGGUGCAGCCAUUACAGGACACGCCAAGGCUAAAGUCAAGGCGGGCGGCGGUUCCUUGAGAACAACCCAAGCGGCCAGCGGAAGCAAUUCUGUCUCAAGCGCACCUGUUCCUCGCAGACUGGAGAAGGGGCGAAGUAUGCUCUCCAGUGUGUCCGAUAGGAGUAAUCGAUUUGCGUAGUAUCUGGCUU